GCACACGCUCACCAAUACACACACACGCUCAGUCAAAGAAAAACUGCAGCAACUUAAUACAAGUGCAAAAAAAAAUAGCAUAAAGAAAAGGAAAAACAUAAAUGACUUUUGCCUUUGUGUGAUUUUGCGUGUGAGAUCGCUUGGGCUUGUGUGAGUGCCAACUCUUUUAUGAGGCUAAAUCUUUAUUGUUCAUUUAGGAAACACAUUAAAAUUAACACAAAAAUCAGCUGGAAAAAUUCAACAAAAAUCUGCAUACGCCAAUAAAACGAAUGCGAAAACGAUAAACCCUUUAGUGGAUUAUACAAAGCAACAUUUUGACCGCCUGCAAAGAGUUAGCCAGAGGAGUUAGAGCCAAAAAACAACAGAGAACUGAAGCCGACAAGAUGAGAAGAGCCAAAGGCUGGCUGUUAAUGACAGCAACAGUGCUGCUACUGAGCCUGUUGGCCUCCACAGAUGCCGCCCUGCCCUUCAAGAAGGUAUCCAUUGCCAAGACACCCGCCUCCACCAGCAGCACCACAACCAGCACAUCAACGACAACAGAGGCCGCCGCAGCUGCCGAGGAAGAGGAACUGGAGGAGGAGCAGUCAGUGCCCACCAGCGAGGGCGGUGACAGCAACAAGUCGGACAAUGGCACUCUGUCGAAGAACUCCAAGCUGACAGGCAUCCCACAAAUCGAUUACAUCUGGGAUCCCAAUCUGCCCAGGGAGCUGAGGGGCUACAACCUAUCCACUUAUCCCUUCCUGUCCACCGUGCCACCCAUGGACGAGAUCCACUUUAAGUGCGAGGGCCUGCACGACGGCUUCUAUGCCUCCAUCGAGUACAAGUGCCAGAUCUACCACCACUGUGUCUACGGCAUCAGGCACGACUUUCUGUGCGCCAACUUCACGGCCUUCGAUCAGCGCACCUUCAUCUGCCACUUUGCCUCCGACGUGGACUGCGAGGGAUCCCAGAAAUACUGGAACAGAAACGAUGAGCUGUACAUGGCCACCACCACCACAUCCACGAGCACCACAACUACGCCACCGCCACCCACCCAGCCCUCGGCACCGCGUCGUCGGCCCCAGAGACCGCAGCGUCCACUGAGGCGACCCUACAACCGCCGACCCAUCGACGACUACUACUACGAGGAGCAGGAUCAGUACGAGGAUGACUACUACGAAGAGCGUCCCAUAAGGCGGCAAAAGCAGCGACCGCGUCCGAGAAAGCCUCCAGUGGAGUUGGAUUACGACGAUGAGUACGACGAGAAGCGAGCGGAGGCGGAGAAGCCAAACAGACGCAACAGAAACCGCUACCGGGAUGAGGAGGAGACCCUGGAGGAGGACUACGAUGAGCGACCCAACAAGAGGCAAAGAGGUAAAUCCACUUCAGGACCAGCGGGACGCAAGGUGUCUCCUAGGAAGCCAGGACGCGUGGACGAGCGACGCAGCUUCAAUGACGAUAGGCCGCUGGGAAGGAGGCGCGUUGAGAAGCAGAGAACCACCCCAUCGUCCGCUUUGGAUGAGCUGGAUGAGUACGAGAAGCCAUACGGAGGGGUAGAUCAAGAGGAAGCGGCCGAAGAGCAGACACCCCAGAAGGUGAAGACAACCCCGAAGCCACUGAGUGAAUUCAUCACGCCUAAGGCGGCAGCUGCCUCCGUUUAUGCCCGUCCGCGGGCUCCUCCCAGGAUAGCGCGUCCCGUUCCCAUCAACGAGAAGAAAAAGUACUCAUAUCCAGUGCAAAAGGGCACAGCCACCACCCCAGCCCCAUCCAGCAGUGGCCAAGAGGAGGAGGAUUACCCCGAGGAGCAGGCGGAGGAGGACUACGAGCAACCGCCAGCCAGGAACACACCCAGGAGACGGACUCCAGCACCGCGUGCGGAGCAGAAGCCCACGAGAACCACUCUGCGGAAGCCCGUGACCGAUAAGAAGCCGUUGGAGGACGAUUACUAUGAGCCCGCGGAGCAUCAGGAGCCGGUGAGGAAGCGCAAGCGUCCCUUGGCUCCCAGAUCCCGUGCCCCAGCAGCAGAUGUGGACUUCGAGGACGAGGACUACGAGGAGAGUCCAGCGCCUGUCUCCACAGCCGCUCCAGCGAGAAAUCAAAGACUGAGGGCUAAGACCACUACCACCACCAGGAAGCCAACGGUGCCACCCCGUCCUCGUCAGCCGAUCGUGGAGGAGGAAGAAGACUUGGAACACCAGGAGCAGCCAGUGGAGCAUGUCGAGGAGGAGGCACCGGCGCCCAGAACGAGAGUAAACUCACUCAACGCGCGAACGGCGGGCAUUGGAAAGUCGCAGCGUCCCUCAUCGGUACGUGUGGUCAAGCGACCCUUCCUGCCCUCCAGGGGCGGAAGUCCCUAUCUGCCCCGUGGCCUUCAGCCGGUGGGAGUAGCAUUGAAACCAUUGCCCACCACGGAUAGCACGCCCAUCGACAUGGGCUCCACCAUUUCCGGUGUGCGUCUGCUCGAGCACGGUGCUCCCUUGCUGAGGGGACGGCCCGACAGCGACGAAGAUGACGACGAGGUGGAGCCACCUCCGUCUCCCAGUCCGCCAAGGACCACUCUCCCGCCGCGCAGUGCUCUGCCGGCUACGUCCAAGCGAGUGGAGCAACCGCGUCCCAAGCUAAAUCUCGACGAGCUUUACGAGAAUGACUACGAUGUGACGCUGAACGAUGCUCUCGACCCCACUCUGAAACCGCUCUCGCCCCAGCAUCCGCAUACCAAUACGCAUCCACAUCCGCAUCAGCUUCCAUACCAGCAGCAGCAGCAGCAACAGCAGCGGCAGUAUGCCAGUGCAUACAAUCCAUUCGCCUAUCAGCCAGCAGCGUAUCAAUCACCAACAUCCGCUUCAGCUUCAGCAUCCGCACCUGCAUCCGCACCCGCAUCCGCAUCUCAAUCGCAGCCAGCGAACUAUCAUAGUGAUUCCUAUUUCUCGUCGACAGAUAUACGCCGGCGGGCUAUUGUCCCGGCGCAAGCCGCGCGUCCACAUCGACUCGAAUACGCUGCUGCCGGAGGAGCAGGCGGCGGCGGAGGAGCAACCGGAGUGAGCCGGAGUUACCAGCCGGCGGCGGCGGCGGGCGGACGGAUUGCCCAGCAUUUCUACGACGACUUUGCCUACUAAAUAGUUCGCGUGUAAUAAGUUUCUUCAGCUGUAAAUAAGUUUUCCCCCAACACACACAAGGAGAGUUCCAUUCGGUGCACGGCUCCUGCAACUUCUUAAACAAAUCUGUCUCUACCCUUAGUUGUUUAGCCGCAAAAAAAACCUACUCGUAAUUCAAAAAGGUUCGGGACAUUAUUGCCUUUCAUUUGAUGAAAAGAAGCUUAGUGAUUCCUUAAUUAAAAUACAAAUUGGCAAUAAAGUUAAAGCUUAAAGUUACUUUUCACAGCUCAAGGCAUGUCAUGUCCCGAACCUUUCAACUUAAUAUAUACGUUGUAUAAUACUCAAAUGUCGUGAUAGUAGCAGCUUGCGAAUUUGUCUGCUAGCUCGUAUCUAGUAGUUUAUGAA